AUGUGAUGCGCCGUUGUCACGUCAUUGGCGCUCUGAAAAAUGGCAGAAUCGGAGGAGGAGGUGGACGUCUUGGUUCAGAGAGUUGUGAAAGACAUCAACAACGCGUUCAAGAAAAACCCGAACAUUGACGAGAUUGGGCUGAUCCCCUGCCCAGAGGCCAGGUACAACCGCAGCCCCAUCGUCCUGGUGGAGAACAGCCUGGGGGUGGAGAGCUGGUGCGUGAAGUUCCUGCUGCCCUACGUACACAACAAGCUGCUGCUCUACCGCCAGCGCCGGCAGUGGCUGGACCGGGAGGCUCUGGUCGAUAUCACCUGCACCUUGCUGCUGUUGAAUCCCGACUUCACCACCGCUUGGAACGUCAGGAAAGAGCUGGUCCAAUGCGGAGUGCUGAACCCGGAGAGGGAUUUGUACCUGGGAAAGCUUGCCCUUACCAAGUUUCCCAAGAGCCCCGAGACGUGGAUACACAGGCGCUGGGUGCUGCAGCAGGUCCUGCGUGAGUGCCUCCCCGCGGGCGGGGGCAGAAAGGGGCAGAGCGAGGCCGGGAGCGGGGCGGACGCAGAGGGCACCCCGCGGGCAGAGCGUCUGCACAGGGUGCUGCAGGAGGAGAUGAGGGUCUGCACUGAGGCCGCCGGACGCUACGCCAGCAACUACAACGCCUGGUCCCACCGCAUCUGGGUCCUGCAGAACAUGGGCAAGGGCAGCCUGAAGAUCCUGCAUGACGAGCUGUCCUCCAUGAAGCUGUGGGUGUCCCUGCACGUGUCGGACCACAGCGGCUUCCACUACCGCCAGUUCCUGCUCAAGGCCGUGGCGGGGGAACUGGGCCAGGCCGCCGACCCUCCCCACCCCUCCCCCGACCCCAACCACGCCCCCCAGGCCAACGGAGAACCCGCCGCCAACGGCAACGGCACCGAGGACCGGCAGAGGGCCAGCAUGCAGAAGCUCUUCCAGGAGGAGAUGGAGCUCUGCACCGACCUGAUCGAGUCGUACCCGGGACACGAGACGCUGUGGAGCCACAGACGGCACGUCUUCUUCCUCUGGCACCACUGGAGGUCGGAGCUUUCCCAAAGCGGCGGUUGCCACGGCGACGAGUCCCCCGGCGGCUCCCCCCUCCGCUCGCCGGGGUCGGGAGCGGCGGAGGGCGGGGCCAAGAGCGCCCAGGCGAUGGACGUGGACGGGCCGUCGGGGGGCGGGGCCGGGGGCGGGGGCUACACACAGGACAGCAAGCGGCUGAAGAGGGGCCCCCUGCUGCCCCGGCCCCCGGCCCUGCGCUCCGAGCACUGCUUUAUCGACAAGACCCUGAGCGCCUGCCGCUCCCCCGAGCAGGGCCGCUUCGCCUCCGCCUACAGGAAGUGGCUGGACUCCGUGAUAGGUCAGUAACGCCAACGCUCCGCCCCCACUCCCGCAGCUUCUCCACAGAGGAGGCAGGAAACAGGAAGUGGCUGGACUCUCCCCCCUCACCCCUGAUAGGUCAGUGACGAGUGGCUACUUUCCCCGCCUGCAACGUGAGCAGCUGGACUCCUGAUAGGUCCACAUUGCCCCUGCUCCUCCCCUCACCGACCCCACCCCACAGCCGGACUCUGUGAUUGGUCAGGCCCGCCCCUCCCCCACUGUGAUUGGUCGGCAACGGUCCGCCAGGGCCAAAUUCCCCUUCACAAUGGAGAAUCCGUUCCCCAGUCUUCUCGGAAAAGGCAGCGUCUGCCUUUUUACAAGGUACUUCAAUACCUCAGGUUUCUCUCGCGCGCUGUCCACGAAGAGCAAAUUUACCUGCUUUCUCUCAGCCUGUUUGCAGUUUAUUUCUGAGUAUGAUUUUAGGUUUGUUUUGUUUGUUUAUUUAGGGUUUUUUCCUUUUUUCCUCCUUUUGAAGUCUUCCAUAAGACGCAGCUGCUGCGUAACUGGUGAAUGGUGCUAACACUAAUUGGGUUGUGGGCCCCGUCGAGUGUUAACCAAUCAGCUUCAGGCAUCCGAAAGCCGUUUUGGGUGUUUUGCUUGAUUAGUCUGGCUCUGUGUCUAUGUAAAUAAAUGUAUGUCUACAUGCGUUGAAUUUCUUCUUAGUCGAAACCAGCUUCGUGGUAUCCGUAAUGCCAGUCUAACAACAGCCAAAUUUUCUUUUUGGGUUUAUUUGGCGGAAAAAAAGUCCUGCCACCAGAAAGAAACCAACAAAUGUAUCACAAAACCAGUGAGCACAAUCCAUUACAGGCCCAGGGGGUCUUUUGAAAACAAACAUGGAUGAACUGCAAAAACGAAUUCAGUGUUAUGUUUUGAACUUUUACUAAAGAGUUUAUUUUUUCCCUUUGUCCCUUUAAAUAAAGGAGAUUGGAGCCGUUCUCCCUCUCUCCCAGGACAGGGUAAAACUCCUAGCUGCCGUACGCCAUCCGUCUGGGGCCACCUCGGGUUUCCCCACGAGCAAGUGAUACUGGACAUCCAAGUGUUCCGCUGUAAAGAAAGACCGUAGGAUGAUUAAAAGCACACUCUUUUAGCGAUUAAACGUGUAAUGAAAGUAAUAAAAAGGGUAGUAAACGCUUUGCUAAAUUGGUGGCUCAUUUAGGGGGUGUCAAAGGGGGAGUAGCAAUUUGGGGAAGUGCGAGUGAUUGAUUGGAGUAAUAAGAGCGAAUGACAAGAGCUUGACAUUUAAGCACAGGCUGUACUUCGCGGUCAUUUUUUAUUUCCUCUAUUUAUUUAAUUUCCCCUCUACCCCCACCCCCUUGCAUCUCAUCUCACCACUGGGGGGGAGGUUAUUUUGAAGGGGGGAAAUGAGGAGAUUCAGAUCUUCCUUGACUCUUUUGUGUCCGAUUUCCGGUCCAGUGGCACACUUAUCAAUGCUACGAUUCUACCCUACUGCUUGCUAUGUGCUUGUAUUUAAAUGCACAGAGACACUCGCAUUCACACACACACACAUACACACACACACACAGGUGAAUUUUACUCCAACCGGUCAAGUCUUUUAGUUCCAGACCGGACACCCUGGCUGGGAGAACACCCUCUCUGUUUGCAAGUCUGAUUACAAGAAGGAAGGACACAAAGACAGAAGUCGUUCUUAGUUAUGCAUUAGCCAGACUUUUCUUCCCUUUUCCCCCUUUCUCUUCUCCACUAAAGACUGGAGGCUUUUAGGUGAAUAGGAGUCCAGCGUUUUUCCAAUUUCUCACGGCAAGCCAGAUCUCUUUGCUCUCAAACUUGGUAGUAAUGUUCUAUAUCGCUAGUAAUGGCUUACUAAUAAUAAGAAGCUACGUUAGACAUUCAUGUUACAGUACCGUAUCAUCAGUUAGAGGCGUUGAUAUUUAUAAUGGCGGUUGGUAUCUCAGGUCUGUGAGCAGUUAGCCUAGCGGUGGUUGUCUCUGGUCUGAGGCUCCUGACAGAGACAGGCCUGGAGAUGUGUUCUCAGAAAGGCAGUGCGUAUGUCGCGGGGAUCCCGUAACUUUAGCCCUGGUGGGCCAUGCUGUCUGCUGCAUGUUGUAGAGAAACCACACAAUGCUACAGGCACUGCUCCUGGAGUCUUGAGUUCUCGGGGACAGUUGGGUAGGUUUGGUUGGGUAGGUGUCCUCUAAGCUUGGGUUUAUCGGGCCGGGUGACCGUGGCGCUGCUGUCCAUUGUGGUGCGGACAGAGCGGUCGCGUUUGAAGCCACCGCUGGUUUAAUAGAGGUCCUGUCCUGGCCCAGUGUGCACUGGGAGAUGGGUACUCUGUACCCCCUGCCUGCUUCAGGUGACCACUGAUUGGCUAGGUGACGUUGUCAUUGCUCAAUUAGCACUUCUGCAGCUCGUGCUUGUGCCGGUUAGAGCUUCUGGAAGGUUGUGACUGGGCGUUUUGGCCACGGCCCCCGUUGUACAGUUAUCAGUUUUAACAGCAGCACGGGCGUUCUGCCUGAGGGAUGGGCGGGGCUGAGGGCGGAGGACACAAACGCACGCCUGUCCAGUGACGCGAUGCCCUCAAGGGACCCUGUUCUGCAGUACAGAGGGCGGGUGCUUGUUGUCUGGGUUUGCACCCCAGAACAGACGUAUUUGGGCGAUAGUUCCGCCGCUGUGCACCAAGAGAAGAGGGGGAAUGCGGGUUAGUCAAAGGAACGUGAAUCCGUUUACUUCCAUCUUUUUUCUGAAUCUGCGGCCAAUUUGCGUCAGCCACAGGGCGUUCACCAAUGAUGUCAGACUCCACCGUGUAUAUAACUGGAUGAUUAUUUAUUGAAUAUCAGGGGCGGCCAUUUUGUGAAGAUGAGGGGUGAGGAGGAAGCUGGACUCUGAGGUUACUGUGUUAGUGUAGGCUCUCCCGAAACGGCAGCCUGGGUGCCACUGAUGUGUUAAGAUGUUUGUUUUUCUGUAACUGUGUAUAAUAAUAAUACUAAAAUGGUUUAACUUGAACUACAAUGAGCUCUUUCCGGGUUUAGGAGCUUGUUGAGGUGGCUGUACUCUGCAGCGGCCUCACUACCGACACUGUGUAUGUUCCUUAGCGGUCUCAGUGACUGAUGUAAUGAAGAUUCAUCAGUUUUGAGCGAGUAGGGCAGUUUAGCAGUACCAUAUGGUACAUUAUCCUUGUGUGCAGGUCUUUUUUUUUUAAGUCGUCUCAUAAGCUGGUUUCAGGACGUUAAGCUGUUUGUUUGUUUGUUUGUUUUUUUAAAUGUGUAAUCAAACGCAUGUCACUUUGAAUGGGGGAGGGGAGGAGGGGGGAGGGAGGGACGGCACAUAAAUGAUGUAAAAAGCCACAGGAAAAAUGGCCGGCUCUCUCAGGACACGGCACAUUGUGUAGAGUGAGCGCACACACACACACACAAACACACACAGAAUACUGUCCUGCCUGGUCACAUAGGCCAUUCCUCCAUUUUAGAGUGGGCUUUCUGUCCUCUUCUGCCUCCCUUCCUGAGCGGGUCUCUGUUGAUCUGUGUUAAAUUGGGAGAGUAGGGGGCUCUCUCAAGCCCGGGGUCCUCUGCUGCUUUUACACAUCUCCACUCCUUUUCUUCUUUUCUUCCCUUUGGACAUUUUUUCUGUGUUUCUUUUCAGUGCUGUGGGAUUGCGACCAGCUCUCACUGACCAAAUUAACAAUAAGGGUAAAACUGACAUGGGCUUUAAGCAGCAUAUCCCCUAAACGACAUCUGCAUAAGGAGUAGGUAACCGGUGGCAUGGUCCUGUGCGCCCUCGACAUAGGCAUUCAUAAGUAUUCAUAAGCAUUCAUAAUGCUAAGCAUCGCUGUCAGGAACGCACACCCGAGCGCUGGCAUUACGAGGCUGCUGCAGUGUUGGGUAACUUGCGUUUUUUUUGUCCUGAUUACGGGGCCAUUAUGUUGGGCAGCUUGCGUUUCCCUGCCCUGGUUACGGGGCAGCUUGCGUUUGGCACCCUGGUUACGGGGUAGCUUGCGUUUCUCUGUCCUGGUCACGGGGCAGCUUGCGUUUCUCUGUCCUGGUUACGGGGCAACUUGCGUUUCUCUGCCCUGGUUACGGGGCAGCUUGCGUUUCUCUGUCCUGGUCACGGGGCAGCUGGCGUUUCUCUGUCCUGGUUACGGGGCAACUUGCGUUUCUCUGUCCUGGUUACGGGGCAGCUUGCGUUUCUCUGUCCUGGUCACAGGGCACCUUGCGUUUCUCUGUCCUGGUUACGGGGCAACUUCCGUUUCUAUGUCCUGGUUACGGGGCAGCUUGCUUUCCUCUGUCCUGGUCACGGGGCAACUUGCGUUUCUCUGUCCUGGUUACGGGGCAGCUUGCGUUUCUCUGCCCUGGUUACGGGGCAGCUUGCGUUUCUCUGUCCUGGUUACGGGGCAGCUUGCUUUCCUCUGUCCUGGUUACAGGGCAGCUUGUGUUGGGCGCCAUGGUUACGGGGCAGCUUGCGUUUCUCUGUCCUGGUUACGGGGCAGCUUGUGUUUCUCUGUCCUGGUUAUGGGGCAGCUUGCGUUUCUCUGUCCUGGUUAUGGGGCAGCUUGCGUUUCUCUGUCCUGGUUACGGGGCAGCUUGCGUUUCUCUGUCCUGGUUACGGGGCAGCUUGCGUUUCUCUGUCCUGGUUACGGGGCAGCUUGCUUUUCUCUGUCCUAGUUAUGGGGCAGCUUGUGUUUCUCUGUCCUGGUUACGGGGCAGCCUGCGUUUGGCGCCCUUGUUACGGGGCAGCUUGCGUUUCUCUCCUGGUUAGGGGGCAGCCUGCGUUUGGCGCCCUGGUUACGGGGCAGCCUGCGUUUGGCACCCUGGUUACGGGGCACACUGUUCCCUUCACCUCCCUGUGGCUUCCAAAGUUCACUGAAGCAGGGUUUGUAUAUAAACUGUUACUUGAAGGAGGAUUUGUGUUUCUGAACGAUGCUUUUCCCAGCCCCUCCCAUCACUGUGACUUCCUCUCUAGACUCAGACGCAGAAAAGCUCUCUUCCAAAACGCCUUCUGCCACCACUUUUACUCUUUCCUCGUUUGUGGCCAUUAAACAAAUUAGCACUACAGCAUUUUCAUUCAGUUUAAUUGAAUAUGAUUAAUUAGCCAUUCAAUUAACUGUUGUAGAUGUAGAACAAUGGAAAGAAACUGAUUUUCUUUCUGUUUUUGGUACCGGACAUUUUAAAGAGCAGAUUCUUUAAAGAAAAUUUAAAAUGAACCUUUUACUGUAUGUUUCUAUGCAGGACAAAUGCACCCCCCAACUCCCCCACACACAAUACAAACAAACAUUUCUUUCACACAGUGAUAAUCGGCUAAUUAGAAUGAAGCAAUAUUACUGUACAUGCAGAUCGGACUUCAGUUUGAAAACCCAUUGGGCAUAGAAACCGCAGCACAUACCUCUGGGUAACUGUGUUCAGGCUCCCAGGUGCUGACUCAGUCUAUCCCUCAGUAUUGACCUUCAGAAAGAGGCAUUCACAAACGAGACAGUCUGGCAAAAAGGCCUAAUUCAAAUGCAGACUCAUCUCAUCCGUUCAUUUGAAUGCAGCUCGCUCACUGUGCUGUCAGUAGUAUGUCAUGGGCUUCCACAUAAAACACAAUAAGUCGCUUUGUUUAGAAGAUAUAGGAGACAUAAUUAAAAACACUUUGAUAUUUGAUUAUUAUUUGUUGUGAAUCCUACAGACACACACACACACACACACACAUCUGCUCACACACUUUUUUGUGAAGAGGUGGUCUUUAACCAUAGAACAAACUAAUUUGUAUUUAUUUUUUUUGUACUGGGUUGUUUCCCAGUGCAAACAGAAACGCUUUGAAUUAAUACAGGCAUAUUCCAUUAAAGACCAUUGAGGGGCGAGGAUGUUGUCAUGCAUACCAUAGAUGUAGAAUACAUACUGUCCUAGAAUAUGAUACGAACUGUAAAUCUAUGCAGAGAACUUUUUAUGAAGGUUCAAAUGAGCUUUUAAAAGAUGUAGCUUUGGUGGGGUUUUUUUUUCCUGUUAGACUUGUCAUUGUACUUUUUUUUAUUUAUUCAGAUCUAGUGUGAAGAUACAGCAGUUUUUUGUGUUCUUAUCCACAACAUCUCAUCUGUAAUUAACUAUGUAUUUAUUUAUAGAGUAAUAAAUUUUAAGACUCGUUUUCACCUUUACAGUUUUGUCAAAAUACCAGCUGCCUAACAAGUGAAAUAAAGCUCUGAUUAAGUA